AUGAAGGCUAUCAUCCCUAUCGUCUCCAUUAAAGGCUUCCAGAACGUACUGACGUGCCUGGACAAAGUGGGCGACGACAUCACGAUCGAGGCUCGGCAGGACCGGCUUAUUCUUUCAACACUCAGUCUGACCCGGACAGCCUAUGCGAAUUUCACGUUUUCAAGGUCGUUUUUUGAGAGCUAUUCUUUGGACCUUUCGAGUCCUGCGAUCCAGCAUGAUGAUGAGGGACCUUUUCUUAGGUGUACCAUCAUUGCCAAGGCGCUGGUGUCGGCGUGUCGGGUGCGUGGAAAUAUUGAGGAGAAGAUUCAUAACCUGAGCGUCUACUUGAAUGCUGCAGAGGGAGUUGGAGAGAACUGUCGGUUGACCGUCGAAGUCCUCUUCAAGUCUGGAUGCAUCAAGUUCCACAAAUUACUGUACCAGUCUUGCCUCGAGAACUUGCAGUUGAUCGAUUCGGUCGACACAUUCCAAAACUCGUGGGAGUUGAGCGCCCCUGCCAUGAACGGGUUAGCAGAAUACUUUUCGUCCAAAGCUGAGGAGAUGACUAUGAAGUUUAAUGAUGACGGGAUUGUCCUCCAAACUUUUAACGACGCCGGCGAUGAUUCAGACAAGUCGAAGAGGUUUGGAGCGACUAUGGUGCCUAUUGAGCGAGUGGCCAUGAAUCAGUUCUUGGCGCAGAAUGAAGGGCAGAUCGUAUUUUCUCUGAAAGAGUUCAAGGCAAUUCUCGCGUUUGCGGUUGGACUUCGUCUGACGAUGUCUGCGUACUUUGACGUGAGCGACCGGCCGAUUGUUUUUACUGCAGAGUCCGAGAACGUCAAAUUCGCGUUGGCAACCAUCAACAUUCCUGGAGAGAAGAGUAUUCAGCCAUCUCAAUCUCAAGCGAGUCAAAGCGCAGCUCUAGAAGGACUGGAUUUGACACAGGCGGAGAACGCGCUGUUCUUGGAUGACGAUGCAGACUGGGCCUCGCAACUGGAUGAUAUAGAGAUUGAAGCUGCCCAGGCGAAUGCCAGCGCCAGUGCGAGUACCAGUGUUAGUGCGAGUGGCAAUGCCAGGGCCAAUGUGGGCGCUAGUGGUUCGGGUAGUGCGUAUGUGAUUGAAGAGGAGUUCGCCCCUUCUACCGUGCGGAAUCCCAAGAGACCCAAGUACGACCUGGACGACGACGACUGGUAG